UGUGUCUGUGUGCAUGUGCGUGUGUGUGUGUGUGUGUGUGUGAAAAAGACACACACACACGAGAGGUGUGUCCUGCAGCCUACCUGAGGGGGCGUGGCUACCUGACAAGGGAAGUUUGAAAGCAGGAAGUAGGAUUGUAUUGUUUGGAGAGCUUGAAUGGAGACUUACUGCUGAAGCGGGGGUAGAGAUAUUAGAGAGAUUUGUAAAGUCGGUUUUAAGAAGGAAAGGGUGGGGAGAGAAUGAUCUAAGAAGGGUUUGAAUAGAAAAGUUGAGAGAGCAGCUGCCUCUGAUUGCACCACUGGAGGUUUUAUAGCUUACUGCUGAGCUUCAGACAGUGAGAUUAUCAGCCAAUGCCGGGGUUGUGUUAUCCCAGCGGGUGCUGCAUGGCGCCCCUGUUGUUCCGCUGUGAGGCUGAAGGGCAGGGGGACAACGACCAGCUCAGCCACGAAGACCACCUGGAGUCCAUCCACAGGGAGAAAUCACAGGAGAGCCGCCUGGUGGAAGAGAAAAGUGUGAAGGAGGGAAUCCUCUUAAAGCAGACCAGUUCUUUUCAGAGAUGGAAGAGGAGGUACUUCAAACUCAGAGGGAGGACACUCUACUACGCCAAAGACUGCAAGUCUCUGAUUUUCGAUGAAGUGGACCUAUCAGACGCCAGCGUGGCCGAGACCAGCACCAAGAACAUCAACAACAGCUUCACAGUGAUCACUCCAUUUCGCAAACUAAUGCUCUGUGCUGAGAGCAGGAAGGAAAUGGAGGACUGGAUCGGCGCUCUCAAGUCCGUCCAGAAAUGGGAAACCUACGAGGCCAGCCAGUUCAACAUGGAGCAUUUCUCCGGGAUGCACAACUGGUACGCCUGCUCUCACGCCAGACCGACCUUCUGUAACGUCUGCCGGGAGGCUCUGCCAGGCGUCACCUCCCACGGCCUGUCCUGCGAGGUUUGCAAGUUCAAGGCUCAUAAGCGCUGUGCAGUCCGCUCCACCAACAACUGCAAAUGGACCACACUGGCCUCCAUAGGAUAUGACAUCAUUGAGGAUGAGGAAGGGGUUGUCAUGCCCCACCAGUGGCUCGAAGGCAACUUGCCAGUCAGCGCUAAAUGUGUCGUGUGUGACAAGAACUGUGGCAGCGUGCGGCGGCUGCAGGACUGGCGCUGCCUCUGGUGCAAAGCCAUCGUCCACAACAGCUGUACAGAACAAAUGGGGAAGGUGUGUCCCCUGGGUCAAUAUCGAGUGUCAAUCAUCCCUCCCACUGCACUUAACAGCAUCGACUCAGAUGGCUUCUGGAACGCCACCUCAGCCUCGUGCUCCAGCCCUCUCCUGGUCCUCGUGAACUCUAAAAGCGGAGACAAUCAGGGGGUGAAGUUCCUCCGAAAAUUCAAGCAGCUUCUCAACCCGGCUCAAGUCUUCGACCUGAUGAACGGAGGACCAGAGCUCGGCCUGCGCCUUUUCCAGAAGUUUGUGACGUUUCGUAUCCUGGUGUGCGGAGGAGACGGCAGCGUGGGCUGGGUGCUCUCAGAGCUCGAUAAACUCAACCUCCAUAAACAGUGCCAGCUGGGCGUGCUGCCGCUGGGCACGGGGAACGACCUGGCCCGCGUGCUGGGCUGGGGGGGGCUCUGCGACGACGACGCCCAGCUGCUGCAGAUCCUGGAGAAGCUGGAGAGAGCCACCACCAAGAUGCUGGACCGAUGGAGUGUGAUGACGUACGAGGUGCCCACCACCACCAAACGCACCCCGACGGCGAAGGAAGACGACAGCCUCGAUUCUCCUCUGCAG